GAAUUCCUAUCACACCUUUUUGCUAUAGUUUCUCUGCUAGAUAUGUUCCGUUUCUACUCAUUACUCCAUAUGAUACCUUAUCUUUGUAGAACGGUUUUACAUAUGCUCUUUUCUGGAUCCUACGUGCACAUGUCUUGUGUCUUCUCAUCUCUAUAUAGCUUGCCUUCUUUCGUUGUUGUGGUUAUGUUUUUCCUAGUUUUUCCUGUAAUAAAAUCCUAUGGUAAAUUGCUCAUAUUUCCAACAUUAUGCACUCUUCUUACACUUCCUGCCAUUGUUUACUACUAACUACUGUCACUAUCCACAUUUGAACCUUUUUAGUGUGACGGUCACAUCGCACUCUGCAAUCCACUCAAUUAAUUGAAUAACCCGCCGAUGACAGCCACUAUGAGAAGUUUCUUACAUGCCGAAGUUAUUUUCGAUACCGAUGGCACAUUCAACAAAGGAAGGAGAUGAGGGAGAAAGAGAGAGCAAAGAGGAGAGGGAGGUGCAGCGACGGAUGCAUGUUCCUCGUGAGCUCCUUCCAUUCCUUCGCUUCCCUCUGUGUACUUUUGAUUUGGUUGUGAGAUUGUACUCCAUGGUGCUUGUCGGUCCGUGUGCAAUUUAUUUCGUCUCAACCAAGCAUAACAUGAGGUGCGAAUUUUUGCUAGGAACUGUAUUACAACAGAUCAUUGGCAUUGCAGCUUUAGUGGACAUGUAUGCUGAAUAUCCCCUCACUGGACAAGAUUGGAUUUUAGUGUAUACAAGCCCUCCUCUGAGCUGCUCAGUACCAAAACCCAAGUUGGUACAACACCACUUUGUAGUUUUGUACCAGAACCCAGGUCCGGAUUCACCGAGAAGUACAACUGAAGACGCGGUCGGCUGCGUGCUGGUCUGGAAACUACACAAUAUCUUUGGAACCCACUAUUCUCUAAUGCAUGAAUCUUUGUGCUCAGUCGGGCUACAACUAAUUUUUGAUCGUUUCAUCUUAUUCUAUAAUGCAAACAACCUGUUUUUUCAUCGCGAGAAAGAACAUUAAGAAAAUUUUGCUAAUUAUAUUGUUGCAAUAGAGACUGCAUGAAUAACAGUACAGUGUUUGGCUA